GAUCGUAUACACAUUAAUAACAAAUUAGUAUUUAUAGCAAAUAAUUGUGUCCUAGUCUUAAAUAUACUCGAAAUGAAGUUCUAUUUGCUGAUCAUUGCUGCAUGCGCAUUUUUGGCUUACGUCCACAGUGAUGCCUGCGUGCAAUGCCAUUCGAAGACUGAAGAGCGCUGCGCCACACAGCCAUUGAGCAUUUUGGCCAAGGAUUGCCCUACCAAUAAUAGCCUCUGCUAUACACGCGUCUUAAAUGGAUAUACGAUUCGUGGCUGCUCCAGCGAACUGGACAACAACACAUUGAACUCGUGCAACAAUGAGUUGGAGUGUCUCGUCUGCUCAGCGAAUGAGGGCUGCAACCGUCUGAUUUUCCCACAAUAUCGCCCCAAGUGCCUGCAAUGCUCCGGUGAUUCGAUCAAUUCGAGCUGCGCCAUCGAGAAUCAUGCUUACAGCAAGGUCUGUCCAACCUAUAAGCUCGGUGACAAGUGCUACAUUCGCUACAACGGACGCACAGGCGAGGGGGCGUUCAAGCGCGGCUGCCUCAGCUCGGCCCAGGCCAAUAAGCAGUGCGUCAUCGAUGGCAAUUGCUACACCUGCGAGGGACACGGCUGCAAUGCCCUGCUGGCCAACGAUACCCUCAUACCGAUAGCACGCGAUGGUGCCAUCACCGUCAUGCUGUCCCUGGCUCUGAUGCUGGCCUGCUCUCUCUUCCAUGUGCUGCUCUAAGUGACACUUUGGAGUUGACAUUUUAC